CACUUUUCAAAAAGAAUACCCUAAUUGCAUGCGAUCCCAAUUUCCAACUCAGUCAAACCUCUAACGGCUCCUUGGACUCCUUCAAGACACAGUGACAAGGGAACUGUACUGUGUCCUCUUUCCACUGUGGUUGGGAAUGCAAUCAGAGACAAAACAACAAUCAUGGAAACUUCACAUCAAUGCCAAAGCCAACAACUUCAACUUCAGACUCAGAUUUGCCGCCGCAACUCACAGAUACAAACCCACUUGGAACCUCUCAUUCUUCCGCCUCUCCAUUCUCCUCAUGCUUCCUAAAUUCGCCUUAUCAAUCACUUCACACCCCACAAACCCAACACACAAAAGAGGUUGCAUUGCAACCAAAUUCAUGAAAAUUGUCCACAUACUUCGACCUUGGUUGACCAAAAAGAAGGAACCACAUGUUCCAUGUCUGAAGAUUAAUGACCCAAUUCGCGUUGGCUUUUUUUGGGUUAUGGGGUUUCUAGCAUUUCUGGCUCAAUCUAUCUGCAAGAAUGGUCAUAGGGGAAUUGUGAUGCUUGCUUCUGUGGGGUCUUUGUUGGUUCUGUUCAGGAAAUUGAAGAUAGCAGAGCUUGUGAAUUUAGUAACAUUCUUCUUGGUGGUGGGAACAAUAUUUUAUUACCUGUUUUUUAAUUUUGAUUAUAGUUAUAAUAAUUAUUGGCAGUACAUGAGAAGGUCAUGGAGUAAAAUGGUUAGUCUCUAGUGUAUAUGUGUUCAUGUUCGGGAAGAAGGUUUUUAUAUAUGUCGUGUAUGUUGUGUUUCUGUCAUUGAUUCACAGAUCUGAUGUUCUUUUCAUUGAAUAUGGAUUUCAAAUUAUUUCUUUUUACUUGCAAUUCUUUGCAAUUUCCUGUUUCUGUUUUAAAGAUGAACAAUACAUUUACACAAACAUAGUGGGAGCUGUUGUGGAGCUAUGAUCAUAGCAUGAGCCCUUUAUACGAUUAUAUGUAGUUAAGGAACGUAUUGUGUUGUAUCUGUUCAUUCUCAACCUAGGUCUAGUGCUCACUCAAACACUGCUUAUUUUUCUUGUUUGUUUCAGUUUACUUUCUUAGGUUCUUAAAUUUGACCAAGCUAAUGUCACUUCAGUUCGUUUCAAUGAAUAGAUUUAGUUUCAUUACUGUUUUCAAGGUUAUCAAAUCAUUUGUUUUUUGUGCAACUUCUUUAAUUUAAAUUCAUUGAUGUUCACUAUUCUUUCUUUCCCCACGGAUAUUGUUAGGAAUUGACACUAGAUAACCUUGAAUUCAAGGACAAGGUAUGCCUCCAUGAACUACUGAUUACUGAUGAAUUUCUUGCUUCCCUAUUUCAUUCCCAUUCAUCUUAUUUAUACAAGCGAGUAAUUGUCUAAUAGUGUAGAAUAGAAAGCAUAAAGCACUAACAGAAAGCACAAAACACUAACAGAAUGGUAUAACAAACUGGUAUAACAGAAUCUUUUCUAACAAAUUCUGAUAUAGCCUAUCCUAUCACUAAGUGUUGAAAUGCUUCAAGUAAUUGGGUCUUGCUGUAAUCCUUUUGGGCCGUGUUGGCUUCUUCCUAUCAGAUUUUUUACUGUAUCUGCAUCUUUGCAUUUUAUUAGCACUAAUCUGUGUGAAGUGU